CGUCACUUCCGGCCUCCUUGUUGGUUUCCUGACUCGGUGGUGAACCUGACAGCCGGAGUGUUCUCCAGGACCAAAGAACCGUAAAGGGUUGCAUUAUAAUGUCGGCAGCGGCUCCGGGGACCAGCAAGCCGGCCCACGGUGAUGUGGCCGGGAAGAAGAAGAAGGGCCCCGGUGCUCUGGCCACGGCCUACCUGGUCAUCUACAACGUUGUUAUGACAGCAGGGUGGCUGGUGAUCGCGGUGGGUUUGGUCCGAGCGUACCUGGCCAGAGGAAGCUACCACGGCCUGUACUACUCCAUAGAGAAGCCUCUGAAGUUCUUCCAGACUGGAGCUCUUCUGGAGAUCGUGCACUGCGCUGUAGGAAUCGUCCCCUCCUCCGUGGUCCUGACUGGCUUCCAGGUGAUGUCCCGGGUCUUCCUCACCUGGGCCGUCACACACAGCGUCAGAGAGGUGCAGAGUGAGGACAGCGUGCUGCUGUUCGUCUCCGCCUGGACCAUCACAGAGAUCAUCCGCUACUCCUUCUACACCUUCAGCCUCCUCAACCACCUGCCCUACCUCAUCAAAUGGGCCAGGUACACCUUCUUCUUCGCUCUGUAUCCGAUGGGCGUGACGGGCGAGCUGCUGACGAUCUACGCCGCGCUGCCGUUCGUUCAGAAGACGGGACUUUACUCCGUCACUCUGCCCAACAAGUACAACUUCUCCUUCGACUACUACAGCUUCCUCAUCAUCGUCAUGAUCUCAUACAUCCCCCUGUUCCCCCAGCUUUACUUCCACAUGAUCCGACAGAGGAAGAAGGUCCUGGGCCACGCAGAGGACUACAGCAAAGUGGAGUGAGCGAGCUCAGACACAAUCUGACAGAAAGGAAGAAGAGAAACCAAAACAACCAGCCAGAUCUAUACACUGGCAGAAGAUCAAAUUAUCAAGCAACUUUGUUUUUUUCCUAGCUUUUUGACCCAGGGGUUGUGUAGAAAAAAAAACAUGAACAAACUGGUGUUUUUAUUUGUUUUGUUUGAAUUUUUUAAGUUAAGUUAGUCAGGGAGUUUGCAGCUGUAAACAAACUGUGUCUAACCGGUUGCUAUGUGAGCACGGAGCAGAUUUCGGUCGCAGCUGAACCGAUGACGCACUGAUAGAAACGAUAACCUCCUUUUUUUUUUAAACGCCACCGUUAGAAAAUCCCUCGUAGAUUUUCACCUCCUCAUGGCCCCCCCUUUAUUCUCGUUAAGUUUUGCUUUACUAUGAUGUAGACAGAUUAAUAUGAACACUAGUACUGACACUAGGUCGUAGGUUUUACAUAUACAGUGUUUGUUGGUCCAGUUCUCUUUCAUUCAUUUCAGCCAAAAGUUCAUUUACAUUCCUGAUUUAGUUCAAUAAACCUUUUUUCCAUUCA